UCGGGAACUGCCCGGGCUCCGCUCCGCUGGGGCUCGGGGCCCGGCGGUCACCGGGGGCAGCAGAGGGACCGUGCUGCGACACCGCCCGCCGGCGCCCGGAACCCCCGCGCGGCGGGCGCGUUCCCCGCCGAGCCCCGUCCCGUUGUUAUGACGACACGGCCGUAAAGCCGCCAUCUUGCGGCGCGUUGCGACACGGGGGCCGCGAUGGCAACGGGCGCGGGGCCGGCGGCGCUUACGGCAGGAGCGGCCGGGCCGGGCCGGGGCGCGGCCGCCGCGGGCUCCGGGUCCCCCGCGCCCCUCGCGCCCCCCGCCGCCCUCAUCGGCCUCCCGCCGCCCUUCGGCGAGCAAGACGAGGAUGACGUGCACAAGUGCGGGCGCUGCCAGACGGAGUUCAGCUCCCUGCAGGAGUUCGUGCAGCACAAGCUGCAGAAGGGCUGCCAGCGCCCUCCCGACGCGCUCGCCGGGCUCCUCGGCCACGAAGGACAAAAGGUGGUUCCUGCUGUCGAGGAGUCCAUCACUGUUGCUCACAUUGUUGUUGAAGCAUCUUCCAUAGCAGAGGAGAUCAGCAAUGCCUCGGCCAUCGUAGGCAGUGGGCACAUCAAAGAGGUCAUUGUAGCAGGGGACCAUGUGUUUGAGAACCCGAAUGGCCACGUGGAUGGGGAGGUCAGUGAGGAGCAGGGCAGCCCCGAGGAGCAGGAGCAGGACAUUUCCAGCGAGCUGAUCAAGGUCAAGCUGCAGGUGAACAAGGAGGGCCGAUACGUGUGUGAGCUGUGCCAGAAGACAUUUAAAACUGCCAGCAUCCUCAAAGCUCACAUGAUCACUCACAGCAGCAGGAAGGACUAUGAGUGUAAACUCUGUGGGACUUCCUUUAGGACAAAGGGGUCUCUGAUCCGACACCAUCGGCGGCACACGGAUGAAAGACCUUACAAAUGCAAGAAAUGUGGGAAAAGCUUCCGGGAAUCGGGAGCUUUGACUCGGCACCUUAAAUCUCUGACACCUUGCACUGAAAAAAUCCGCUUCAACAUGACCAAAGAAAUAGUUGUCAGCAAAGAUGAUCUGCCAUCAGGACCCUGCAGCUCCAACACAGACACAGUGUCCUCCAUAGCGAGCGAAACCAUCGAGGCCUCCCCUGUCAUUCACCUCGUGACAGAUGCAAAAGGCAACGUGCUCCAUGAGGUCCAUGUCCAGAUGCAGGAACUUCCCGUGGUGGAUGCAAAACCCCUGGAGGCAGAUCAGCCGCAUCCCGAGGAGCUGCCCUGCGAGGGGGAGGUGAACAGUGAGAACCUGCUGAGGCAGGCCAUGAGGAACUCGGGGAUUGUCAUCGAGAGAGUGGCUGUGGAGGAGGUGCAGAAGCCAGAUGAACCUGCGGCAGCUGCUCCAGAAGAGCUGGAGAACAAAGGGGUGGAAGUAGAAGAGGAGCCGUGUGGGGAGCAGUGUGCUAAACUGGAAGGAGCAGAGUCUCAGACACCUGCAGAAAGAACCAACGGGUACAAACGUUACAUUUGCUCUCACUGUAAUGAAGCCUUCAAUGAAGCUGCUGCCCUGGAAAGUCACAGCAAGAGUCACACAGAGUACAAACCUUUCAAGUGCGAGGAGUGUGGCAAGGAGUUCACCAAGGGCUACCUGCUGAAGAAGCACCAGGAGGUGCACGUGAACGAGCGGCGGUUCCGCUGCGGGGAGUGUGGCAAGCUCUACAAGACCAUUGCCCACGUGAAGGGGCACCGGCGCGUGCACUCGGACGAGCGGCCCUACGCCUGCCCCAAGUGCGGCAAGCGCUACAAGACAAAGAACGCCCAGCAGGUGCAUUUCCGUACCCACCUGGAGGACAAGCCCUACGUGUGCCAGUUCUGCAGCCGGGGGUUCCGGGAGAAGGGCUCCCUGGUGCGCCACAUCCGCCACCACACCGGCGAGAAACCCUUCAAGUGCUACAAGUGCGGGCGCGGCUUCGCCGAGCACGGCACCCUCAACAGGCACCUCAAAACCAAAGGUGGCUGCCUCCUUGCUAUGAAGGAGGUGGAAGAAGUGAUAGUGUCAGAGGAGAGUCAGUCUGCUGACAACUUGGCAGCCACGGUCCUUUCGGAAGAUCCACACACGGUUCUGGUGGAGUUUUCCUCAGUGGUGGCAGACACCCAGGAGUACAUCAUCGAGACUUCUACCGAAGACAUGGAGACCAGUGAAGCUACUGAAAUAAUAGAGGGAACAAGACACGAGGUAAAGCAGUCCUUUGGUGACAGGAGGGGUGACACAUUCCAGACUCUGUUCCUGGGCCCUGUCCCCUGGCAGGUGGACAGCCACAUCAUGAAGGUGGUGCAGCAGAUCGUGAACCAGGCCAGCUCGGGCCACCAGAUCAUCGUGCAGAACGUCACCGUGGCCGAGGGCGCGGCGGCCGCCGACGCCGCCGACACCAUCACCAUCGCCACGCCCGAGAGCCUCACCGAGCAGGUGGCCAUGACCCUGGCCUCGGCCAUCGGCGACGGCGCCGUGCUGGCCACCGACGGCGGCCUGGCCGCGCAGGAGGCCACCGUCACCAUGGUGGCCUCCGAGGACAUCGAGAUCAUGGAGCACGCCGGCGAGUUCGUGAUCGCCGCCGCGCAGGAGGGCGACGUGGAGGUGCAGACCGUGAUCGUGUGAGGGAUGGGAGCUGCACACCUGGGCACUGGGGCUGCUCACAGGGCAGGGAAUGCUCUUGGCAUAGUGCAGGGCCCCAGAAGGGGAGAGUGCAGGUCUAAAACGGGACAGGACAGGUCUGAAACGGGACAGGACAGGUCUGAAACGGGACAGGACAGGUCUAAAACGGGACAGGACAGGUCUAAAACGGGACAGGACAGGUCUAAAACGGGAUAGGACAGGUCUGAAACAGGAUAGGCCUGAAAUGGCAUAGGACAGGUCUAAAACGGGAUAGGACAGGGCAGGCCCGAGGUGUUCUCAGUCUAAAACCAAUACCAGGAGUUAAACCCUUGGCCUGGUCACACUGAGGAGACUGACAGGUCACAAGUGGCACUCAGUAUUCUGUACAGCAGCCUCGAAUUAAGGAAGAUCCUUUGGGAAUCAGCCCACUCUGCCCGCCACUGGGAGAGCAGUGGUCUGGUUUUUAAAAGGAUUCAGAAAGUGUAGCAAGUAUGUGGGGUCUCACACGGGAUUAUUUAAAUAUAUGCAUUUAAAACAAGUUGAGAAAACCAAACCUAAGGAGUUGUGGUGUGUGUUGAGCACCACUGAAACACUCUCAUGCCUUUAACCUCACUCCUUCAGGCCUCCCAAGGCACGGUACUGCAGUAUUUCUCUUUUCUUUGGUAUCCUGCACAAGUAGCCUUAUGUACUGGUCUAUGAAUGCAUCAUUGUACCCUGCAAUGCCAGCCAGGCUGCUCUGAGAGCCAGCCUGGGGGCUGGAAAGCCAUAUUGUAUAGGAAUUUGGUUUUUUUAAACCAUAUAUGGAUUUUUAAUUGCAUAUUGUACAGAUUUGGCAUGUAAAUAAAUACAUUUUUAAAAAUAAAAUUAUUUAAAGUUCUUACUACA